UCCGAGUUACUUGGUUGGGUUCAACAUCUGCGAAGUGGCUAGCUACCUGUGCGCGCCACACCACCUACAAAACUUAGCGAGCACGACCUAACAAACAUUCAUCGCGUACGUCUCCUAGGCCCAUAUAGUCGGAAGAGCCCGGCCGAUUCUGAGGUUACUCGCGCAGUUCUCGAGACUCUCUCCGGCGGCGCUCGGUCAGGUCGGUGGUAGAACGUCUCGUGCGGUUUACCUGCGCAGCAUUUGUAAUAAGCACGGCGAGCCAUCGAGUGAUCGCCCAUCAUCAUAGAAUAAAAUCAGUGCUCCUCGGCUAGGAUCGGUUCAUUCCUUAGCGAGUUCAUAGGUAGAUACCAUUGGUUAUUAACUUUCGCGUCGUGUGAGUCGCGUGCGCUGGAUUGAUCCUUCCUUUGCCUAAUCGGUCGGUGGCGGUUAUUGCGUUACGAGACGCGUGCUCGAGUUCUGAGAGCUUGCAGUGUGCAUUUCCUUCCUACUUCCCGGUUAGUUUCGAGUGGCUUUUGCAGCUGGAUAGCAAACAUUGAAGUGAUUCUCGAAGAUACUCUAUACUCAAGUGACCAUACAAUUGGAUACAUUCAUAUACAUUUCGUACCGGGCCGUUGGAUAAAUAUUGUGACAAACGAGAGUGCUCUUUUCAAUAAGUCGCCCUCCUUAGAGAGGUGCUUCCAAACGUGAUUUUUGCAUUCUAAACAAGCAAUUUCAUCCGUCAAACGGAAUAAUAGCUGCUCUGGAUAUGAAUUAGUUUACUACCUCCGGUUAUACAUGAAAUCACCUAUGCCUGUGCUCUAGUUGAAGUGAAUACAUACCAGUUGCCAAUUUUCGAAGCAUGCCAUAUCUGUUUAUCUGAAAAAAAAUCAAGUGAAGUGAAUCUAGUUGUUGAAACAACUUCCAUCAAUAAUUCAAACAUCAAGAGUAAAAGUGUACGCCGUAAAAAUGCGUCCCAUGAUUCAUAUCAGUGCUAUCGUAAGCGUGCUCUUUAUUGCUGUUGAAAUUUUCGCGGAACCGCCGAAUGAUAUAACGACAGAGGCUUCGAAAGCACCCACUCGAGCAAAUCUUGCCAAUGAAACCGAGUAUGUGGACACGGUACAGCUCAUUAAGGAGUAUCAAAAUACAAACCCUGCGGAUAACGAUACCGUCACGACGAUCAGUAGCACCAGUACGGAAACCCUUAGCACCUCGAGUACCAGCACCCCCACUGAGAACGUCACCGAGUCAAGUACGGCGGCGUCGACAGAGAACAAAACGAUGACCCCGGAGGAGAUCCAGCGGCUACUGCUGCCGCCUGCCAAGGUCGAGGCCAGUAUACUGCACCUGAACGCAUCGGAUGAAGUGCAUGAGAAGAUUAUCAAAGAAUCUGAUUGCCCAUCUCUGGACGAAGCACACAAGCUAUCACAGACUCAGCUGCUCCAGCGGCUAACACAUGGUUGCCGAUACGAUCGCCUGGAACGACCAGUGGAGUAUGCUGACAAUGGAACAAAACUUCCAGUGCAGGUGUAUGCUCGAGCUUACAUAUAUUUCUUGCAGAAUUUGGAAGCCCACGAUCUGCAAUUCAAAAUCCACGCCCUACUGCAGCUGCGGUACGUAGAUUCGCGAUUGGUGUUCAAAAAAGUGGCGCCAAACCGGACGGAGCCCAUCAUGGGUGAACAAUCGCUGAGAGAUGUCCUAUGGGUGCCACAUGUGUUUCUUGCCAACGAGCGUAGCUCGGAUAUUUUGGGCACGGCGGAAAAGGACAUUCUGACCUCGGUGUCCCCAGACGGCACGGUGAUCAUUUCGACUCGAAUAAGUGCAACGCUGUAUUGCUGGAUGAAUCUGCAGAAGUUUCCCUUCGACGAACAGCAUUGUUCCACCGUGUUGGAAAGCUGGAUGUACAACGAGGCUGAUCUCAACCUGCAGUGGGAAAAGAAGUCUCCAGUUACCUUAGCUCCGGAGCUGCAUCUCACAGAGUACGUGCUCCUGGAUAUGUUUACGAACGAAACGAUGAUAAACGCUGAUUUGAGCGAUCUCCGUCAUGGAGCAUUUGCUGGAAACUACAGCUCCCUAAGCUUUACCGUUCACCUGGCCCGAGAAAUGGGAUUCUACCUGAUGGACUACUUCAUCCCAUCGAUUAUGUUGGUCGCAAUUUCGUGGGUCACCUUUUGGCUUCAAGCGGACCAAUCUGCUCCUCGGAUAACGCUCGGAACCAGCACGAUGUUGACGUUCAUCACGUUGGCUUCGGCCCAGGGUAAAACCCUCCCCAAGGUUAGCUACAUCAAGGCUUCGGAAAUCUGGUUCCUGGGUUGCACCGGUUUCAUCUUCGGAAGCCUGGUGGAAUUCGCCUUCGUCAACACGAUUUGGCGAAGGCAAAAGAACGUCGAGCUGAAGAAGAAGAACAGCAAGUAUAUACUGAAGUCUACCUUCACGCCUGUCCCGUCGAGAAAGAAUACCAGUGGAAACCUGCAAAAGUCUCACUCAUGUACAAGCUUGGAUGCACAGUCGACGAUAACUGCUUCGAAUAAUUCGUAUAACAACUACCUAACGGUUCAUGCGUUCCCAUCGAAAACUAACUCCUUGCUGCCAAUCAUCACGACUUCGAAUGCAGACUCCCCCGAUAGCCGUAAUGGAAACGUAUCGAUUAAAAUUGAGGACACAUCGAGCUCGACCAACGACUUGAAUAAAACCAAUGAACAGUCCAAUGUGAAUGGCAAUGGAUGGACUACAAUGACGCCACAAGAAAUUGCCAUCUGGAUAGACAAGAGAUCAAGAUUUGUAUUUCCGGUUUGUUUCUUCAUAUUCAACAUAUUCUAUUGGUCUUUCGUUUACUAUCUGUAACGGGGUCCAAUUAAAGCUACACGAGCAAGGUGGUAUACCUAUGAAUUGCGCUAAACAAUGUGAUGUCCAGUGGAUUGCUAUUUUAAUAAAAUAAAAUAAUUUUUACGAAUCGCUCACAAAGAAUAUGUGAAUGAAGGCAAAUACUUCUCAUUGUAAAUAACGUGACUAACACAAAAUCUUGAGAAUUCUACACUGCAGUGCCCUAUAGUAGAAAUCAAGGAAACUAUGUGCAAAUGCAUUAUUAGCUUAACUAUUUAUGUUACGAAAAAUAAACAUGAAAUUUGUGAACAUGUACUAUUUAUA